GAAACUUCCGGUUUCAAUAUGGAAGAAGGCAGAACGUGCUUUUAAUCUGUGCUAAGUGAUCUGAAGCUUUGAGUUUCACACACCAGUAGAUUGGAUCUGUAAGAAAAACACCAUGGAAGACUUGGUGGCAUCUUUGGCUGGGAGUUUCAGUGUAACAUCAGAACCUAACAGCACAGCGGCACCACACCCUAGGUUCAGCCAAUACAAAGUCAAAGGCAAUGUUCUUGAUCAAGCAGAGAGAAGGAAACGAAUGUUAGAUGCCCAGAAAAAACAAAGGUUUGAUUACUUGAGUUACCUGCGCAAUGUGGCUGAAGAUGAUUGGACUGAGGAUGAUAAUGAAAUGUAUGGGGAAGAGGUGGCUGAUCAAGGAUUUGAAGAAAUGGACUGUGAGGUGGUCUUUAAGAAACCAGGAAGAAGAUAUAAAAAUCAGUUGAUGCUCUCUGAGUGGAUGGUAGAGGUACCGGAAGACUUUGAGAAAGAAUGGAUACUUGUCAACUGCCCUGUUGGCAAACGCUCUCUGGUGGUGGCAUCCAUGGUAAUGUAGAAGGUUAUGUGCAUUUUAUAAAAUUUUAUACA